UCCCUUUCUUCACCUCUGCCGUACAUCUCCCUAACCACGGCUUGAGCCACGUUUUGAUUCGCAGCUAUCUUGUGGCGGCCACUACCUUUUAACCUUUGCUCAACCGAACCGCUCCUCUGGCUCAGACUGGCUGAUCGGCGUGCGGUCAAAGAUCUACUUGAGCCUGAAGGUACUACAUAGGUAUCUCUAGGGGGCUGCAGACUAUUGAAGCAUUGCUCAGUGCUGCUCUCAGCUCUGCGCACCUGCGUGUGUUUUGCUUCCUGCCAGCCUUUCACUUCUCCAGGCCUUCCCCACCACUGCACUCUCACCAGUCACCAGACCGAGUCAAGAUGACACCACCCAUGUCUGCUACCCAGCAGGGCAAACGCAAAACGGUGAAGAAAAUCUGCUGCAUCGGAGCGGGCUACGUGGGCGGACCCACCAGCGCGGUAAUUGCCAAACAGAACCCGGAUAUCACGGUGACGGUGGUCGAUUUGAGCGAAGCACGUAUUGGAGCCUGGAAGUCUAACGCUCUUCCCAUAUACGAGCCUGGUCUCUUCGAGGUCGUGGAAGUCGCCCGCGACUGCACAGAUGGACGUCGACUCCCCAACUUGCAUUUCUCCACCGAUGUCGCUGGCGUCAUUCAUGAAGCCGAUCUGAUCUUCAUCGCCGUGAAUACUCCUACGAAAACCGAGGGGCUCGGCGCAGGCGGCGCAUCAGAUCUGGCCUACGUCGAAUCCGCUGCGCGACACAUUGCGGAAGUUGCCACCAGCGACAAGAUCAUCGUCGAGAAAAGUACUGUCCCGUGCGGCACCGCAGAUAACAUCCAGGAGAUUCUCGAUGCUCACGCCGCCCCCAAUGUCCACUUCGACAUUCUGUCCAACCCCGAGUUCCUGGCCGAGGGCACCGCUAUGAAUGACUUGCUCAAGCCCGAUCGCGUGCUCAUUGGUUCCCACAAGGAUGACCGGUCACUCAUUGCAGCCACUGCGUUGGCCGACGUCUACGCUGCAUGGGUCCCGCGAGAUCGCAUCAUCACCAUCAAUCUCUGGUCCUCGGAAUUGGCCAAACUAGCUGCUAACUGCAUGCUUGCGCAAAGAAUAUCGAGCAUCAACUCUCUGAGCGCAAUAUGUGAAGCAACAGGAGCCAACAUUGAAGAGCUGGCAUUCGCGGUGGGACAAGAUACACGCAUUGGGCCCAAAAUGCUCAAGGCAUCGGCGGGCUUCGGAGGUUCUUGCUUCAAGAAAGACGUGCUGAGUCUGGCGUAUAUCGCUGAAACGUUGCACUUGCCAGAAGUCUCGGCAUACUGGAAGUCGGUUGUGGAUAUCAAUGAAUACCAGAAGGAACGUUUUGCCAAGAGGAUCACCAAGCGCUUAUACAAUACGCUUCGCCUAAAGAAGAUUGCGAUUCUUGGCUUCGCCUACAAGAAGAAUACUGGGGAUACGCGCGAGAGUGCAGCAAUCACCAUUGUUGGCCAGCUCAUCGCCGAGGGAGCCCAGAUUGCUAUCUACGACCCGCAAGUAUCGGAAGCAACCAUUCAGCAGGAUCUGAUCCGUGAGCACCGAGCAGACGUGGUUAAGCAGCGCGUAACGGUGUAUCCAGAUGCCAUUUCGGCUUGUGAGAACGCCAGCGCUGUAGUUAUCCUCACUGAGUGGGACGAAUUCAAGACGGAUCAGGUCAAGCCACUGCCUGAUGCUCCCGGUACCAGGAGAGAGGUCGUGGUUCCUCAGGUUCAUGGACCAUCUGAUGCAUCAUCAUCAUUAUCGUCGGCAUCAUCAACGUCUGAAGCGGAAAGCGACUUCAUGGACAGCGCAUUGGGAACUCCUGCACCAGUUGAACGCGAGAAGUCGGAGUAUGUCGAGAGUGUCGACCCUGCAGAUAAACGGGUAGACUGGGUGCAGAUUGCCAGUUCCAUGAAGCGACCGCGUCUGGUCUUUGACGGACGCAACGUCGUCAGCAGCGAGAAACUCGCCAGUUUGGGCUUCACGGUCGAGUGUAUCGGCAAGCCGGGUUUGAGGCAGCGACGGUUGUAGAUUUCCCAUGCCACCUCAUGGCAUCAUUCUCUAUAGCACUCCGCGAGCGGUACCUUACUAAGUGGUGCAGGCACUUGGCGAAGACCAAGUGAGGACGAGAGGCAUGACGACAGAACUCGGUAUUCCCCACGGGGCCACCUGAGACGUUACACAUGAAGAUGAAGGCGUUUCCGAAUACGAUUGGUUGGGUUGUACUUGCUACUUCCGGUUAGAGGGUUGUAAUAUCGACAGAGAAACAACUUGGAAUGUGAUGAUUCCUGCUGUCGCGAGCACAGCAGCGGCUCGAUAUGGCGGACAUGGGUGACCUUAUCUAGUCUCAGACUCUCAGAGACUCAGACGGAAUAUUAUUAUUGCACACCUAGGAUGAGGAAGGAUUUACAGCUAAAAUAGCCGCUUUCAAGCCUUUUCUUUACGAAC